AUGCAUUCUUAUAAACGACCAAUAGAAUUACCAACUCCAGAGACUCUUGCGGCAAUUUUUAAUAAUGCAAAACGUCAGAAAUUAUCAAUUCCAAGGGGAUUAAAUGAUACAAGAAUUGAUAAUAGAUCAACUGAUGCCUCUCAUUCAAAUACAUUCCCACCCCAUCAUCAUCAUAAUUUAUCUCCUCCUGCUUUAUCAAUACCAUUUGGUCAACAACAAUUAUCAAAUGUCCCAUUAUUAAAUUCAGCACCACCAAAUAUAAUACCAAUCAUUCAUCCCCCUGCUAUAAUUAGUGAUUAUUUUACAGAUGUAAAAACGGAUUUAAGUAAUAAGAAAUUAGCUAAUCAAAUAUCAGGUAUCAUUCAAAAAUUCCCGCCUCCAAUGCCACCAUUCGCAGCAAAUCUUCAUCGACAAUUCGAACAUGAUAUAACCAGCCCUACUGCUGCUGAAAAUAAAGAUGAUACUUCCAGUUCUUCUCCAAAUGAAGCAGGAGGAAUAAUGGUUCCAUUCAUAUAUCCCCCACCACCCAUCAUCCAACCCGAUAAAUUACCCUAUUCAAUUUCUUCCCUCUAUCACCCACCUCAAAAAGAACCAUCUGUCCCAAUAGCCCAUGGUCCAAAAAUAAGAGGAAGAAAACCAAAAAGAAGACCAGAAUUCGAUGCACCAGAAGAUAUUGAUUCACAAUAUGCUUUACCCGAUGGGAUCUUUGUUCAAGCACCACCAUUACCAUUCCCACCACCUAAUUAUAUGCCAUAUCCUUUAUUAGCUGACCAGGCGACAUUAGUGCCGGAAGAACUAUUUGGGGCUUUCCUUGAGGCGAGUGAAGAGUUGCCGAGAAUAGAUAUGGUGGUGGCUAGUGCUGCUGGAUCAUUAUUUGAGAUGAGGGACCAGGCGAAGCUGGAGGGGUUUACUAUUGAUGGAUAUGAGCAGUCGGAGGGAUUGGAGGAAUAUAGAGCGUAUUUGAUGAAGAAGCAUAGAUAUGGAGGGAGAAAAGGUAAUAAUAAUGAUGAAGAUAAAGUGGAUCAUGAAGAACGGGAAGAUGAUGAAGAAGGUAGGGAAGAUUUGGAAUAUUUGUCAGGUAUUGAUACGUCUGAAUUUGUUGAUCGAUAUCAAGAAGAUAGGAGGGAUGAUUUACAAGUAGAAAUCAAUAUUACUGAUCCUAGAUUUACCCGAAUGAAACAAAAAAUGAGUAGCGGAGGACUGGAUAUUGAAGAGAAGGAAGAUAAGAAUGUACGUCCCUUGGAAGAUUUACAAGUCUAUAUGCCACUUGAAGCCGAUGAUACGUUGAAAAAACUUCAGGUUGAAGAUAUAAUAAGUAAACCUGGUAUGGAGAUCAUUUUCCCUACGGGGACUAAUCGAGAACGUAGACGGAAACAAUUGGUGAAGAAAGUGAAUGAUCUUGAAGAAUUUGAGGAGAAGCAUCGGGAAGAGAUUUAUUGGAAGAGAAAGAAUGAAUUAUUGAAUCGAUUAUCGGCAUUAAGAAAUUCAAAGAUAAAAUUCAACCAUAUGGAUAUUAAAGAUAAAGAAUUAGCAGAAUAUCGAGAAAAAUUAGAACUUGAAAGAGAUCAAGAAUUGAUUAGGUUGAAAUUACAAGAAAAUUAUGAAUUAUUAAAAAGUUCAAUGAUAUUUUAUGAAGAUUCAAAUAAGGUUUAUAAGAAUUUAAAUCUGGUUUUAAUUAAUAAAUUAGAAAAAUUGAAGAAUUUCUUUGAAUAUCAACGUGAUAUAUUUCAAGAUUGUCUUGAUCAUAAACAAGAUAUAUUCGAUAUUAAUUCCAAAGAUUCCCAGAAAUUAUUCACUGGUAUUUCCGAACGAAACUAUUCACAAUUAAUUAAAGAUGUAAUCAAGGAUUCAAUCUUACAUGAUAUAGCACCGGAUCAACCUCAACCAGGUAUCCAACCCUUGGAAUUGCCAAAUGUUGAUUUAACCAAAUUACCAGCACAAUCAUCAACCCCAACUGCCGACGUGUAUGGUGAUGUCUUAGUACAUGAUUUCAUGCCAAUGAUCACACCGGAAGAAUUCAGCAUUAUAACCGGCAAUAUCGUCACCAAAUCAAAAUCAUCUAAAAACUCCAACGAUACCAAACCUUCAGCUAAUAUGAAGCAUCAAAUCUUCAAAAAUUCCUUAUAUGACAGAAUGACAUCCGGAUCGGAUUCGAAUGCAAGUGAUAGUGGUGUUUUGAGUAGUGGGUUUGGACUGGGUAGUGGUACGACCACGCCCAAGAGACGUGGAAGAAGAAGUGGGACACAACAACCGGCUGCGAAUGGGACUGGAAAUGGGGCAGGUGGAGGUGGAAGUAGUGAUAAGACGAAAGAAAGUGGUAUUGUGGGUGGAAAUGUUGGACUUGAUGUUAAGUAUUCGGAAGCAACACUUUUGGCUAAGAUUAUGAAACAAUUUAGUGGACCACAGAUGGCUAAACUGGAUGAAUUGAAUUAUGAUUUGGAAAAGAUGGGUAUUGAAACAAGAUGGCCCGUGCUGAAGUGA